AUGCAAGCUUCACAGGAGCGGAUCGCCGAGAAGACGGCCGCGAAAGUCGUCCGUGAGCAGAAAGUGCUACACCAACUCUCGGAAGACAGGAUAGCACGGAGAAUCUCCUUUGACGUGUCAACUCAGCUUGCGAGCAUCACCAGACAGCUUUCGACACUGGAAGAUCAGCAGACGAACAAGCGACCGACAACAGAUGCCAUCUUUACUAUCGUCAACAAGGGCGAUGUGAAUACCAUGAUGGGCAUGUUUAGUAAGGGAGAAGCAUCGCCGCUUGAUAGAGAUGAGCAGGGCGCGUCGCUGUUAUACGUCGAGACUUGCAAGGCCUUGCUUGACUUGGGCCUCGAGAACUUCAUAGACGAUAAAGACGCUACUUCAGAGAGUCCCUUGAGCACCCUCGUCAUGUCCCGCAAAAACCUCGCGCCGCAAGACGACCCCAAGCACCGAGCCCUAGUCUCUCUAUUCCAGUCUCGCAGCGACAAGAUCGAGACCCUCGGCAUCGAGCGCAUGUUCGAGUUCGAGACGGAGUGUUCCUACGGCGACGACUGGCUCCGCGUCUUCCGGCGCCACUUCUUGCCAGGCUACUACGACAUGCCGCUGCGAGAGCGGGCUGAGGCGCUUCGUCUUGGGGCGUUCACGACGCAAGAUGUCAAGGUCUACCGGGCUCUGAUCCGAGAAGAUGGGCGGUUUGUACAAGAAGAUGUGCGAGAGUCCACUGAAGCAGGGUUCUCGCUUGUGCAUUCCGCUGCUCUGGCACUUGGGAAGCGGUUUGCUGAUGAGAUGCAAUUCGACCCGCGGCUGAGCCGGGAUCUGGAUGAAGACGAAUCCUCAGAUGAUGAGGACUCUUCGAGGAGGAUGCCUUCCAUGAUUCGGAUGAAGUCAUACCAUGCCAGCUGGAGCCACGCCGUUUUUGACACGAUCAAAGCCACGGGAGUAAAGGACCUUCACAGCAUAGAGACUAUCGUACCAUGGGACUGGUACCGCGUGCCCGUCUGGACUGGAACACCUCUAAUCUCCCUCAUCGGCGGCGCUCUCUGCCGUAUCUCGCCAGACAUAUCCUACCCAAGGUGGGACACCAUCUUCCACUGCAUCCUGCGGCAAUGGCUGCGAGAUCUUGAGAGCGCCGGCAUCGACCUGCUACAAUACGGCAGAAGCGAAGCACUUAAACUCAAGUUCACCGCGCCGCAGGUGAAAGGCGCCUUCGACGCCGAUGCCAUCCUCGCCUCGCGAAGACGUGUCCGCGCCCAGCUGAGGAUGCGGGAGGCCUGGAUGCAAGGGGUGGACCUCGACCAUCCGAGGAGCGACUUGUAUUGGCUGCCGGUCCGCAUCGUCGGCCUCGAUUACGGCCCGCAGCUGAGGCAGUGGCGGCUGUGGUGGGCGCCUGAGUUUGAGGUGUUUGCCGCCGAGUUCUGGGCGGGUGUGGAGCGGCCAAGGGAGGUCAUGCCUGGGUCCUGGGUUGACUCGUGA